GCUAAUGAAUUCAUGUGUUACUGGAGAAAACGAUUCUCAACAGCGCUACAACGUUGCAAUGCUAGGACUAUUGCAAAGAAACUAUCACACCUUUUAUCUAUGAGCUCCAAUGGCCCGUAAUGCGCCUGUCAUUCCUGCUCAGUUCACGAGUGAACAAUUUGGAAGUGCCGUAAGUGAGCUUGAAAAUCCCGAUCUAGACGGAUACAAUCUCCUCACCGAGUCUCACGGCAUGAAAAUCUACAGUCGCCGCAGAGAUUCUGGUUUAUACGAGUACAAAGUCUACGGCUCGUUUCCGUGUUUUAGUCCGGAAUUGUGUUCUCAAGUGUACAAUGAUCUGGAAUAUCGAAAUACAUGGGAUACUUAUGUUGUUCAGCUCACAGAAUUAGAGGAUGUGAAAAUAGAGCGAGGUGUCGUUAUAUACUGGUGUGUCAAAUACCCAUUUCCUCUUUCAAAUAGAGAUUAUGUAUUUGUAAGAGAAACAAGAGAGCUAGAGUCGUCAAAAGGAGUUUGUUCGUGGGCUGCGUUGUCCGCUUCUCUGAGUCUGGAAUCUCAGCCAGAGAGAUCGAGAGUGGUUAGAGUUAAUGAUUUUCAGCAAUGUGUUGUUCUACAGUCAGAUGGAGCUAAUGGUUCUCUUGUUUAUAUGCAUUAUUAUGAUGAUCCGAAAGGAAUGAUCCCAAAAUGGCUAAUCAACUGGGCUGCACAGACUGCAGUCCCCAUGUUUCUCAAAACAAUGAACGAUGCUUUCAGCAAAUACACAGUCUACCAAUCGUCAAAAAGCAAAUAGCAAAUGACUUCUACGCAACAAUGUAACAACUUGGUCGCUCGAUAUAUAAAAUAGUAA